UUCUCUGAUCAUCGCGACCUCUACAGGAUGAUUGACAAUACUCCCCUCGGCGACAUUAAGUGGCAAUCCUUUUCAGCCAAAUACACCGGCACAAUUCCAGAUGAAGGUGCCCUGCCCUGGAUGGAAGAUUCCCAUGAAGUUUGGUUUUGCGAUCCUCGUGACGUUAUUCGAAAUAUGCUCGCUAAUCCAGACUUUGCUGCGGAGAUGGACCUUCAACCCUACCGUGAGUUUGCAACAGAGAAUGAUGAACGCCAAUGGAAAGAUUUCAUGUCCGGAGAUUGGAGCUGGGCUCAGGCUGACAAGAUAUCCGAAGAUCCUGACACUCAUGGCUCCACAUUCGUGCCGGUCAUUCUUGGAAGCGACAAAACAACCGUUUCAGUUGCCACUGGGCAGAACGACUACUAUCCACUCUACGCCUCCAUUGGUAACAUUCAGAAUAAUGUGCGUCGUGCUCAUCGUAAUGCUGUAGUUGUCAUAGGCUUUCUUGCAAUGCCCAAAACAACCAAAGAGCACGCCGAGACACCAGGCUUCCGAAAUUUCCGACGCCAACUCUUUCAUUCCUCACUUUCAUUCAUCCUCAAGAACCUCAAGCCUGCUAUGACGAAGCCUGAGGUCACACGCUUCGGGGAUGGCCAUUACCGUUGCGUGAUCUACGGGCUUAGACCUUACAUUGCGGACUAUGAAGAGCAGGUGCUGCUCGCCUGUAUAUUUCGAAAUUGGUGCACCAAAUGUCUUUCACGUCGCGGAAACCUCGAUGAUGUCAGUCUCUGUCGCUCAAGAUCUCAUACAGAUGCCCUAAUCAAAGAGUGCGACUCUGGAACCCUGCAUUUGGAAUAUGGUAUAGUUGGCGAGCUUGUGCCGUUUACGAACGAUUUCCCCCGCGCCGAUAUUCACGAGUUGCUUGCGCCUGACAUUCUCCAUCAGCUCAUCAAGGGGGCAUACAAAGAUCAUUUGGUUGAUUGGGUAGAGAAGUAUCUCCUGCAGACACAUGGAAAGAGGCGAGCUAAUAUUAUCCUAGAUGACAUUGACCGAAGAAUUGCGGCAGUCCCUCCAUUUCCUGGAUUGCGUAGAUUUCCCCAAGGACGUCAUUUCAAACAGUGGACAGGUGACGACUCAAAAGCACUUAUGAAGGUAAUCUACAUUUUAUUCUAUACAAAAUAUUGUAGCACUGAUUGUCUUAAGGUUUACUUGCCUGCCAUUGAAGGAUAUGUGCCAGUGGACGUCGUGCGUUCCUUCCGGGCAUUACUUGAGUUCUGUUACCUUGUCCGUCGUAACGUCAUCAACGAGAAGUCCCUCUCUGAAAUCGAAGAUGCGCUGACUCGUUUUCAUACAUAUCGUGAGAUUUUCAAGACGACUGGAGUAGUCACUACUUUCUCACUUCCUAGGCAACACUCUAUGGUUCACUAUGCCCGCCUUAUUCGACUGUUUGGUGCUCCAAAUGGGCUGUGCUCCUCGAUCACAGAGUCCAAACAUAUCAAAGCCGUCAAAGAGCCAUGGAGGCGUUCCGGCCGAUACAAGGCACUAGGACAGAUGCUGCUAACUAAUCAGUGUUUGGAUAAAUUGGCAAUGUCACGGGUGGAUUUCCGUUUUCGUGGAAUGCUUGCAGGUACAUGUCGGGCACAAAGUGUCCCUGCGCUAGCCAAUGAGCUUGAUAUCCCACAUCUGGCUGAUCUCGUCUCGCAAUUCCUCAUCGGACAACUGUAUCCGGACAAGGACCCUACCGAAGUUCCCGAGAGUAUCAUGGACUGCCCUCGUUUCAAUGGGAGGAUACGGGUCUUUAAUUCUGCAGUAUCAAUGUUCUUCGCACCGAGCGAUUUGAGUGGGAUUGGUGGGAUGAAACACGAGUACAUUCGCGUGUCUCCCAAGUGGAGAACUGGACAUGCACGCAAAGAUUGCGUGCUUGUCAUUACUGACUCAAAUGCUCACGGAAUGCGUGGCAUGGAUAUUGCUCAGGUACUCACAUUUUUUUCCUUUCGACUCAGGGAUGUACGCUAUCCAUGCGCAGUUGUCCGCUGGUUCAACCAAGUUGGAAAUGCACCAGAUGACGAUACUGGAAUGUGGAUGGUAGAGCCUUCCUCUGUUGAUGGUCGCACACACUUUGCGGUGAUCCAUGUGGAUAGUAUUUUCCGUUCCGCUCACCUUAUUCCAGUCUACGGUACUGAUAUGCUCCCCCCGGCAAUUAAAUCCCACCAUGUUCUCGACAUAUUCACCCUUUUCUAUGUCAACAAAUAUGCUGACCAUCAUGCAUUUAAAAUAGCAGCUUAG